GAAUCGAGUAUUUCAGUGCUUGAAGAAUUUCCCCCGUUUGGGAUAAAUUUUCCAAUAAAUUUCGAGUACCCGAUUAUUUCCCGUUGGAUUACAAAAUUCAAAGUGCAACCAGGUGAAUUAUCCCGCCAGUCUAGGGGGGAAUAACCCGCGAAUAUUUGAGUGUGACAAGUGCUGGAGGGGAUAAUCGUAUUUUCCCGGGUCAAAAGUGAGUUAUCGGUCGAGUGAGGGUCCGGUGGGGCCCCCAGAAGGAUUUUACAUUGGAAAAUAAAAAUUGACAUUUAAAAUGGUGAACGAUGUAAUGAGUGAGUACGAGAGAAUCAAGCGUGCUUGCUUGAAACGAGGUGAAUUGUGGGAGGAUCCGGAAUUCCCGGCAACUCAGGCUUCCGUUUUUUAUCAUCAAACACCGCCCUUUCAGUUUCAAUGGAAGAGACCAAAGGAGCUGUGCAAUCGCCCGAUUUUUGUCAGUGACACUCCCACACAAUUCGAUGUCAUCCCCGGAAAAAUGGGUGACAAAUGGCUCGUCUCAUGUCUAGGUGUUCUCCACCUGAGCAAGGGACUAUUUUAUCGUGUUGUACCUGCUGAUCAGGGAUUUGGUAACAGUGGUGAUUCAUCUGGAACGCCGACUUCCGAGUACGCUGGAGUUUUUCGUUUCCGGUUGUGGUGGUGCGGAUCCUGGGUCGAGGUUCUCGUUGACGAUCGACUUCCUGCUGUGCAUGGACGACUUGCUUUUGUCCAGGCACGCCACAGCGAUCAGUUCUGGCCGGCAUUGCUCGAAAAAGCAUAUGCAAAGCUCCAUGGGUCAUACGAGGCCCUGAAAUACGGAACCCUGCUGGACGGUCUGUCAGAUUUGACUGGUGGAAUAACCGAGAGCAUAGCCAUACGUCAGGAUCCAACAGCCUGCGGUCGAGCACUUGGAAAACUACUCGACAUGACCUCACUAAUUACCUGCACUGUCAACAAUAAUCAGCAGCAGCAAAUCCGUACAAGCACUGAGAAACUGGCUAAUGGCAUCCAAAUGGGCAUCAAUUACCGGCUUUAUGCUAUUGAAAGGGUGGAGACGUUCAAUGGAGAGGCAGUGCAGCUGGUUAAAUUGAGAAAUCCCCUGGGACCUGGUGGAGAGUACAUCGGAGCUUGGGCUAGAGGUGGACUCGAGUGGGACGAGGUGCCAAUCGCCGAACGAGAUCGACUGGCUGUUAGAAAUAUGGCUGAAGGCGAAUUCUGGAUAUCGUACUCCGACUUUGUUAAAACCUUCACUCACCUAGAAGUUGUGCAUCUAGACGCAGAAACGUCACGGGAUGAGCCCUCUUUGCACAGCAAACAUACCUGGCAAAUGAAACUUUAUCAAGGCAGCUGGCGAAGAGGAGUCACAGCUGGUGGAUGCAGAAACAACCAAGAAACGUUUCACAUAAACCCACAGCUUCAUUUGAUACUCAGUGAAAUGGAGGAGAUAGUUGUCUCUUUGAAUCAACACUCGAUCAUGGAGCCAAAGGUCAUCGGGUUCACGGCUUAUACACUGCCGAAGAACAGCACCGAGUCGAUUAAUAAGCAAUUCUUCAAGAAGAACAAAUCCCUCGUUAAUUCACAAUACACGAAUAGUCGACAAGUGAGUCACAGAUGUUUGCUGGAACAAGGUGGAUACUUGCUCAUACCAACGACCUUUGAACCUGGCCAAGAAACCAAUUUCACGUUGAGAGUGUACAGCAGUAAACCGUUGAAACUGAAAUUACUCGACACACCUCCCACGCUAAUAAAAUCGGCCAUUGUGAAAGCACCAGCACUCGAAGGAAAAGGAUUUUCACAGUACGAGGCGGUUUUUUUGCAGCUCGCUGAUGAGCAUAAAACAGUCAAUGCAUUUGAACUUCAGGAACUCCUCGAGGCCUGUCUCCCCAAUGAUUACAUAAAGAGCUGUGCAUCCAUGGAAGUCUGUCGUCAAGUGGUCCUCACAAUGGAUAGCACUGGCAGUGGUAGGCUUGAGUUCAAUGACUUCAAGGAUCUCAUGUGCAGUCUGAAGUACUGGCAGGCGGCGUUUAAGAAUCACACUAAAGAAAGAACUGGUAUUCUCAAGGCUGAGAGGCUACGUGACGCGCUUCUGGAAAUCGGGUUUCAAGUCAAUACUGAUGUCCUCGCGGUGUUAAUUCUUCGGUACAUGAGGAAGGAUGGCACUCUCAGGUUUGGGGAUUUCGUCUCAGCUAUUCUACACCUCAGUGAUGCAUUUGCAAUCUUCGAAGGAAAAGAUCCACUUCAAAAUGGCAGCAUAAAAUUAACUCUGUCCGAGUGGCUUCGGUCAGCCCUGAUGUGCUGAUUCUCAUUAUUUCUGCUGCUUUGUAAAUAAGUCGUCAUCGAGGAAAGCAAAUUGCCAUAUCGCAAUAUCCCGUCUCUCUUCAUGUCGAAGAAUUCUGUAAAAUAUUAUAGUCCAUUAUAUUAUUUAAAGUGAUGCAUUUAUUGACGAUGUUUGUAUGAUAAAGAGGAAUGUAUCU